CCUGUGCUUCCUCACAGUAUAAAAUAUUUUACUGAUUUCUUUGGGCGAUUUUGGAAGCCUCCAGCCGCUUUACUAGCAGCGUGUCAUCAGCUAGAGCCCUCCCCUUUUUAUCAUCAUCAUCAGUCAUCACCUUCUCCCACCUCGUGUGUCUGUUUCUCCGGCCUGGGCUCUGGGCUCGGGCGUAGUCCAGUUGCCACCAACCGAGCCAGAGAGAGAACAAAGAACGGGUGAAAGAAAUCUCGGAAAGGUUCCAGAUUUCCUCGAGGUGGAGGCCUCCUUUUCCUCGGCCGAAUCGCUCGUUCGCUUUCUCUCUCUCUUUCCUCCCAUCGAGCAUGCAUUCUUUUCUGCUGCUGCGACCGUAGGAUCGGCGUCCAGCAGCCUCGCCGCGUCGGUAUGGUUUUCCCUUGGCCCACACAUCCUAGCUCUUCCGCAUUCUUGAAUUUCGUGGUCGAGGAUUAGGGGGUUUCUCGUGCGCUGGUCCAAUUUCGCGCUAAUCGUCCUGUUCCUGCCUCGGAUUACUCGCCUUCUCGUGGUCCCCAUCUGUUCUUGGCGUUCGCACGCUUGCCGUGCGGCGGGCAGGGCUGCAGCAGCAGCCGGCAGCGCGUGCAUCUUGCGACCCCCUUUCCAAGAACCAGCUGCAAGCUUUGGCCUUUUCCGCCUGCCGUACCCGAAAUCCCGCAAGAAACUCCACCCAAGAAAAAAGCGGCGCCCUUUUGGCUGGCUGGCUGCCAUUCCUCACGCCCCACGAGUUUGGUGAGGCUUUGAAACGAGCACAGUUCACAAGACAGUGAGGCUGCGGUGGGUGUUUCCUCGUCGGAGAUGGAGGGAAAUUUGCCGCCGCAAACCAUGGUCCCAGGCGGAGGCCCCUUCGAUCUGGGGCAGCCGUUCCACUUCGCCGUCCAACCCCAGGCGCUCCAGGUUUACCAGGAUGUCUUCGCUGCCCCCGCCGCGAGCCAGAUGCCGGAGCUCGGCAAUGUGGUGAAGGCCUCGCUGAGCGACGAGGAGGAGGGCGGCGACGGCCACCUCGACCGCGGCAAGGCGGCAGCCGCCUCCCAGUGGCACCGGGUCAAGUGGACCAGCGGCAUGGUCAAGCUGCUGGUGUCGGCCGUGUCCUACAUCGACGAGGACGUGGACGCGGACCACGGGACCAGCAGCGGGAGGAGGAAGCACGCCGUGCUCAAGAGGAUGGGCAAGUGGAAGCUGGUCUCCUCGGCCAUGACCGAGAGGGGUUUCGCUGUGUCGCCGCAGCAGUGCGAGGACAAGUUCAACGACCUCAACAAGAGGUACAAGAGGCUCACUGAGAUCCUCGGCCGGGGAAGGGCUUGCCAGAUCGUCGAGAAGCCAGAGCUCCUUGAACAGUUGAGCCUAUCUGGGAAGCUCAGGGAGGAGGCCAAGAAGCAUCUCAACUCCAAGCAUCUGCACUACGAGGAGAUGUGCUCCUACCACAACAGGAACCGCUACUGCCUGCUUGAUGAUCCUGUCCUUCAGAGGUCCCUGCGGAUGGCGCUUAGGGCUCCAGCUGAACAGGGAAAGCAAUGCUUGUUUGGCUAUGAUGACGAGGAUGAUCAGAUGUUGCUUUCUGAUGAUGAUGAUGAUUAUGAGGAUGACGAGUUGAAUGACGAUCUGGAGGCCGGUGCUGAGGAUCAUGGUCCUCACAGAGUUCAUGCCACCGAGAAACUGAAACAUGAUCAUGAGGGACAUUGUGGGUCUCAUCUGUCAGAAGUUGCAGCCAUUGACAUGAACAGAAUGAACUUCGAAGGAUCUGGUGGUCCAUCCUCUGAGAAGAAUUUAAGUUAUAUGCGUGUUCAAAUCGAGAGGCAGCGUCUGAAAAUAAAAUCUCAGAUGCUGAGAAUUGAGCAGAGGCAUUUCAAGUGGCUGAAGUUCAGCAAGGAGAAGGACAGGGAGCUGCAGAAAAUGAAGCUGGAGAAUGAAAGGAUGGCGCUGGAAAAUGAGCGAUUGGAGCUGGAGCUGAAGCUUAAGGAAAUUGAGAUAGGCAUCAAACCAAAGAGGAUUUAGAGAUUGCAGGAUGCAAGUGGUAGAGCUAGGGAACUUUUAGAGUUUCUGGGUUCUAACCUGGCUGGUACAGGUACUCUAGGAUAAGAUGUUGUGUCGUCUCAGUGUGCUUUGUGAAUACCAUUAUUACAUCAAUAUCAACGAAGAGUUUGUUGUCUUCAUCCGUGCUUUCCAGGUCGAUUUGAUCUAAUGUAACGUGAAGUUUCAGAAAUGCUUUACGAUAGCAUCAGCUGGACUGUGUACUGUAUGUUGUAUCGAACCCUUCUUUCUUCACUAACAUACAGUACCAGAUAUUCAUCCCUUCAAGCUACCAUUUAAAAAGCAAGCUUCAUCUGUUUUGACCAUUA